CCUCAAUUUGGUCCGCAUCCGGUUGGAGCCCCAGCUACUAAAUGAAAACACGGUAGCACUGAGAAAGCUCGUCUUUAAUCUUCAUUGGGUACACAAUGGCUGUGGCCAUGAGCUCAACCUGUCCUGGCAUGUACUGUGGCAGGAUGAUGGUCAAUGGAUCAGUGGAGGGAGAGUGUGGUGUUUGUCCUCGUGGACAGCGGGCCAACCUCCAGAAUGUGUGUGAACUGUGCACUGGAUCCCCAGAGCUCUAUGACUGGCUCUAUCUGGGCUUCAUGGCCAUGUUACCACUAGUGCUGCACUGGUUCUUCAUCGAGUGGUACUCUGGAAAGAAGAGUUCCAGUGCCCUGUUGCAGCACAUCACAGCCAUGUUGGAGUGCAGCGUGUCAGCUGUGGUCACCCUGCUGGUCACAGAGCCGGUGGGAAACCUCACUAUCCACUCCUGUCGGGUCCAGAUGCUGUCAGACUGGUACACCAUGUUGUACAACCCCAGUCCAGACUACAUCAACACGUUACACUGCACCCAGGAGGCUGUCUACCCGCUCUAUACCAUCGUGUUGAUCUACUAUGCUUUCUGCUUGGUGCUGAUGAUGCUGCUGCGUCCUCUGUUGGUAAAGAAAAUAGCAUGUGGUCUGGGCAAAUCUGACCGCUUCAAGAGCAUCUACGCUGCUCUGUACUUCUUCCCCAUCCUCACGGUGCUGCAGGCUGUGGGAGGAGGACUGCUCUACUAUGCGUUUCCCUACAUCAUACUGGUCCUGUCUCUCGUCACACUGGCUGUUUACAUGUCUGCGUCUGAGAUACAGUCUUUUAAGAACCUGGUGGCUAAGAAGAAGCGUCUGGUGGUCCUGUUCAGCCACUGGCUGCUCCACGCCUACGGCAUCAUCUCCAUCUCCCGAUUGGACAAGCUGGAGCAGGACCUGCCGCUGUUGGCCCUGGUGCCCGGCCCUGCCCUCUUCUACAUCGCCACCGCCAAGUUCACAGAGCCCAGUCGCAUCUUGUCUGAGGGCGGCAACGGACACUGACACAUCCCACAGAGAUCAAGUUUCCAAGAGCUUCAGUCCCAUGACUGACUGAUCCAGAGGUGUGAACGGCUCAGUUUCUGUUUUAAUGUCAUCAAACGUGCUCAAUGAAUCAAUGGCCAGAUAGUGAUGACAUCAUGAAGUGUUGCAUAGCAACCUUGAUGAUCAAGAUCAAAUCCAAAUGGUGAGCAAGUAUAAUAACAGUCACAUAGUUACUACUCUGUCUUUUUAACCCUUCGAUGCACAACAUGGGUCAAAAUGAUCUGCAUUCAUUUCUCAUGUUAUUUAAUGCUGCUGUGUGUAUCUUUUGAAAUCAAUUUAUAUUAUGAUUGAUUAGUCCUAGUAUUCUUUGAAUAUUGUUUUUCAUUCCAACCGAUCAUUAUAUCCAUUUUUCCUUUCAUACUUUAUGAAGAAAAAUAGUUUUUGU